UCCCAACUAAUUAACUGGCCGAUGCGGUCGCACGCGGUUCCCGCGAAAAACAACGUGUUCACACAACAUUUUUCGAUUACGCGUAUAUCGUUGAAGCUUUUCGUUUUGACGACGCAUUGCAAUAACAAUUAUCGUAAAAACUUUUUUUUUUAAUAAACAUUAUUAAUUUUUUUCGUUUGCAUACAAUCGCCUAUAAUGGCCGAGACCAUGGUGGAAAACGAUGCCUACUCUCGGGAGUUGUGGUUAAACGCUGCGGCUACAACGUUGGGUUUGACCUAUUCGGUGUACAGACAGUUGAGAGCUGCGCAAAUGCUGCCUCCUGGACCGUGGGGUGUACCGUUUCUCGGAUACGCGCCUUUUUUGCCCACCCACAGUACGUACUUGAAAUACAACGAGCUGGCUCGACGUUACGGACCCAUAUGCUCGUUCACUUUACGGGGUAAUACAGUGGUGUUGUUAAGUGACCAUAGGCUCAUCAAAACUGCCUUUGACAUGAAGCAGAUCACCGGUCGCCCAAGCGAUGGUUACAUGGAUAUAAUUGGUGGAUAUGGAGCUGUCAAUAGUACGGGAAAGCUGUGGGAAUCUCAGAGGAAAUUUUUGCACUUGGUGCUCAGACACAUGGGUAUGACAUUUACUGGUCACAACCGACUGAACAUGGAAAACAGGAUAAUGAUUGAAGUUUCAUCAUUGAUAGAUACGUUCCAUAAAACAUGUGGCAAUCCGAUUGAUUUAAAUGCGGGUUCUUUGUGCUUGGCCAUCACAAAUGUUAUUAGUUCAGUAACGAUGGGAGUACGCUUUGAAUCGGACGAUCCAAGAUUCGCUCGAUACAUGCAAAUGGUAGAUGAAGGCUUUAAAUUGUUCGGCAUGUUGAGACCGGUCAGUAUGUUUUCACCUAGAAGAUGCAUUGAAGACGAGCGUAAGAUCCAAGAAAAACUCAGUCAAAACAGACGUGAAAUGGCCGACUACUUUCAGACUAUCAUUGAUGAACACCGAAGCACGUUCGACUCAGACUCAAUAAGAGACUUAGUAGAUGCUUACCUAUUAGAAAUAAAAAAUGCAGAGGACACUGGUACAAUGGGUCAACUUUUCCAAGGUUUAGACCCGGACCGACAGAUUCAACAAAUUCUCGGCGACUUGUUUUCGUCUAGUAUGGAAACCAUUAAAAACACAAUGCUUUGGGCAAUGGUCUAUAUGCUAAAUUAUCCUAAAGUGAUGGCUAAGGUUCAAGACGAAAUCGACUCCGUAGUCGGACGUUACAAGUCACCGGUACUGGAUGAUUAUCCUCAACUACCUUACACUCAAGCAACGUUGUAUGAAGUACUCCGUAAAUCUAGUAUCACUCCUUUGGGAACCACACAUGCAACAACCAGUGAAGUUACUCUAAGUGGUUACCGUAUACCAGUUGGUGCUCAGAUCAUACCGUUGCAACAUUAUGUGCAUAACGAUCCCAACCUUUGGGAUGAGCCAGAGGCCUUUAAACCCGAACGUUUUAUAAAUGCAGAAGGCAAAGUAAAAAAACCAGACUGCUUCCUACCUUUCGGAGUUGGUAGGAGAAAAUGUUUGGGCGAAACGUUGGCUCAAAUGGAAUUAUACCUAUUCUUUUCCAACAUGUUACACGAAUUUGACGUGUGUCUACCGGAAGGUGAUGAUUUACCUAGUAUGGAUAGCCAAGCUGGUAUCACGCUUACUCCAUUAUCGUUCAAAGUGGUCAUGAAGAGGCGAACCAAGUAAUAAAAAUAUAUAAUAAAAUCUUGGCUCACUAUUGCGGCUAUUUGUUCAGUUCCUCUAAAUUUUUCGUCGAAUCAUAAUUAUUUGAUCGAAUAUUCCUGUUUUAAUUUCCACAGUACCAUUAUGUAAUGUUAUUUUAAUAUAUUAUAUUAUGUGUUAAUAUUUAUUUUUACCUAUUUUUAAGUACUAUUAUUUUAAGCCCUUAAAGUCUUGUAUAGUUGUUUUACUUAAGUGUAGAAUUAAAUUCAUUUAUUUAUUGUUGAAUGCUAAACAAAUUUUUUUUGCAACGUUCUACACCUACCUACUAUUUAUUUUUAUUUUUGUAUAAAAUAAUAUUUUUAUUUUAAAUAACGGUUGAUGUUAUUUUAUUUUAAAAAAUUAAACAACUUGACGAGCGUGUUAUUAUUUAUAUAUAGAUAAUGAUAUUUUAAAGUAUUUAAUGAAGUAUCUAUGCGAUUUCCUAUUGUUGUGUU